CACUUCCCGGCUGCGGGGCAGAAGGAGAGGAAACACUCUUGGCAACCUCUGUGUUUGGUUUGGUGUUUUCGCACUUCAGGGUCUCCUGGUGGGGGAGUUGUGGUCACGGUGGGAGGUAGUGUCUCUGUCCGAGAGGUGGAAGAAGACUGGCUGGUGGGAGGUAGUGUCCGUGUCCGAGAAGUGGAAGAGGACUGGCUGUAGGCUGGAAGCACCUACAGCCAUUGUGGGGCUUCGUAAAGAGGAAGGCCUGACAGCAAGCUCAGCCUGAUCGCGUAACAGGACAACCAGGAGGUGGUGGUCUGGCCACACCAGAGCUGCCAGCAAGGAGCUCCUUCGAGCUGAGAGCUGCCAGUGAGGGCAGAUCUGGGUCUGAAGAGAGAACAGAGCGAGUUAGGGCCAAGGACCUAUGCUGGGAAGGCGGAGCCUGACCCCGAUGGAGGAACAGCUGUGGAAACAGAGGAUGGUUUCUUUGGUCUUUUGUGAACCAACAGAGCUUUACAACAUCUUGAACCAGGUCACAAAACUGUCCAGAUUAACUGAACCCAACUAUCUCUGUUUAUUUGAAUUGUCCAGGCUGAGCUCAAACUUGUGAUUGCGUUGCCUCAGCCUCUCAGAGUGCAUGUGUGGAAUUACAGAUGUCCGCUCCAAGCGGGAGUACGAUGAGAGCCACGUGAUCACCGCCCUGCGCGUGAAGAAGAACGGUGAAUACCUCAUCCCAGAGUCUGUGGAUCUGGAGUGUGUGAAGUACUGUGUAGUCUAUGAUAGCAACACUAGCUCCAUGGAGAUGUUUAUAAAAGAUGCCAUGGCUGAUGAGGAAGAGGACGACGAGGACAACCCUAAUAAGCGUGGCCAAGAUCUGGUGCAGGGAGCGGCUGUGGACUACGGCAGAAUCCUUUCCCAGUUCACUCACCACCCGGUGUACAUCCUGAGAGGGGGCUACGAGCGCUUCUCAGGCCUGUACCACUUCUUCCGGACCCAGAAGAUCAUCUGGAUGCCCCAGGAACUGGAUGCGUUCCAGCCAUACCCUAUUGAAAUAUUACCAGGGAGGAUCUACCUGGGUGAUUUCAGCCAAGCCUGCGACCCUAAAGUCCAGAAAGAUUUGAGAAUCAAUGCACAUAUCAAUGUCUCCAUGGAGACCGGGCUUUUCUUCUUGGAUGACCCUGACAGGCUUCUGCACAUCAAGAUAGAAGAUUCCUCAGAAUCCAAGAUUUUGCCCUUUUUACGCCACAUCUGUCACUUCAUCGAAAUUCACCUCUACCUGGGCUCUGUCAUUUUGAUCUUUUCUACACGGGGCAUCAGUCGUAGCUGUGCAGCCACAAUGGCCUUCCUCAUGCACAGGAAUCAGGAGACCCUGAAGAAGGCUUGGGCCUAUGUCAAGAAAUGCAAAAACAACAUGCGUCCAAAUUGGGGCUUGGUGACUCAGCUGUUGGAAUGGGAGAAGAUUGUCCUUGGAGACAUCAUCACAGACAUCUCGGAUCCACUCUACUAACCUCUGCAGCCCCACAGUGGCACUGAAGAGCCUUUCCUGGGGUGUCUGGAGGGUAGUGGGCCAGAGUGUAUACCCAGAUUGAUCUGGAAGAAGAAGGCCUUGGGUGCCACGA